AUGCAUGCUACCAAUAUUGUGCCUUCUCUACUCAUAUCAUCCCUGCCGGGAUUUGUAUCGGCGACUUCGCCGAACUUGAAUCUCUUUGCCUACGGCAAUCCCGGCCCUUUGCUUGGCACAUCUUUCGGCAUUCCAAGCGCGAAUGCGACUUUCGACUAUGUCGUCGUUGGCGGAGGCAACGCCGGACUCACCAUCGCAAGCCGUCUGGCACAGAAUCAAACAGUGAGCGUUGCAGUCGUUGAGGCGGGCGGCUUCUAUGAAACUGAUAACGGAAAUUACUCCGUUGUCCCUGGGUAUUCCAGCUAUUACACCGGCUCAGACCCAACAGACUAUCAGCCGCUCGUCGACUGGGGAUUCAGUACGCAACCUCAGCCUGGAUCGGGAGGCCGGGUCUUGCAUUAUGCCCGAGGCAAGACCUUGGGAGGUUCCUCGGCUAGGAACUAUAUGCUCUAUCAGCGGCCGACGGUUGACAGCAUGCAGCGCUGGGCGGAUGAGGUAGAUGACCAGAGCUACACUUUCGAAAAUUUAUUGCCUUACUUCAAAAAGUCUGUUCACUAUACCCCUCCUAACCAGGCGCUAUACAGCAAUUCCACGAACAGCCAGACUCCAAAUGCGUUCAGUCCCACAGGCGGGCCGCUAGAGGUCUCGUUUAGCAAUGCUGUGCAUGCACUUGGAUCGUGGUGCCAGAAGGCAUUUAUAGCCCUUGGUAUGAAGCAGAUCGAUGGAUUCAACAGUGGUGAAUUGCUUGGCUCUGCCUUCGCAACCUUCACCAUUGACCCGCGAAAUGCGCAUCGCUCCAGCUCCGAGUCCAGCUUUCUUCAGGCCGCGUUAAACAAAAGCGUCGCGCCCACAGUAUACAAGAAUACUAUGGCGCAAAAGAUCUUAUUCGACCGGAAUAAUAAGCGUGCUACAGGAGUCCAAGUAUCGACUGAAGGCACGUUUGGUACUCAGUCGGUCAACUUUACGCUCCAUGCUCGCAACCAAGUUAUUCUAUCAGCUGGUGCCUUCCAGUCUCCUCAGUUACUGAUGGUCUCGGGCAUUGGACCCUGCGACGAUCUGCGUAGCUUUGACAUUCCCUGCAUCAAAAACCUCCCAGGCGUAGGCCAAAACAUGCAAGAUCACCCAGUCUUCGGGACUUCACACCGCGUGAACGUCCUCACGGCCUCGGCGUCAGCCAAUAACACAACGCUAGCAGCACUUAGUUCAAAGCAGUACAUACAAAAUGCCACAGGGCCCCUUUCUAUUACUGGGGCAGGCUACUACGGCUGGGAGAAACUGCCCAACCCGUUCCGCUCAAACCUGACUCGCAAAUCUCGUCUCACGUUAUCAAGCUUCCCAUCCGACUGGCCAGAACUGGAAUGGUUACCGAUCAUUGCGUUCAACGGCUAUAAUCUCAACAAAGUCACGGCCGAUCCGAAGGACGGACAUCAAUAUGCAACGCUCAGUGGAGCAUUGAUUGCUCCUCUAUCUCGCGGUUCGGUUCGUCUCGCUGGUCCCAGUAUGAACACCCCGCCCUUGAUCGAUCCUCGAUGGCUUGCAGAUCCAACCGAUACGGAUCUUGUUAUUCAGGCUUUCAAGCGGCAGCGGCAGAUUUGGGCGGAGUUGGCUAAGCUAGGCGUCGCCGAGCAGGAGGAGUAUUUCCCGGGCUUCAAUGUUUCCACUGACGAGCAGAUUCUUGAGUUUAUUCAACAGAGUAUGACUACUGUGUACCAUGCUUCAGCCACGUGCAAGAUGGGACGCAAGAAUGAUAAGAUGGCUGUGGUUGACAGUCAUGCCAAUGUGUAUGGUGUGCAGGGGCUGAGAGUUGUCGAUGCCAGCAGUUUCCCAUUUCUCCCGCCAGGUCAUCCCCAAUCUAUUGUGUAUGCAUUUGCUGAGAAGACUGCGGAUGAGAUAUUAGACAUUGUUGAAUGA